AUGGAUGUCCUCGGUAACGACAAAAGAUGGCUUGUGACUCUUGUUACCUCAAAUAAGGUCGUAGCUCCAGUUUUACAGGAUAUCGUGAAACAAGGAAUGGACAAGCUGUAUGCUUUGCUAAAUAAUUACCUUAAUGGCUUACCAACACCUUAUAGUCUACAAACACUGACCUAUGCAGAGGUAUGCCAUCUAGCAGCCACGCCAAGUCCUGCUUCUUCGCUUAGAGGCUUAAAUUUCGGAAAUAUUAACAACAAUUCUAGUGUUCAUGGAAAGACCAAAACGGCCAAAACGGCCUAUAACUACAAUGUAAACAGCUCAGUUGAUCUUGCCAAGCUUUAUCUCCCAGACUACCUGGCAGUAUUCUCGGCAUUCGACAAAUCUAUGGAUUUGAGUGCCGCUCUUAGACUAUUGGGAUGUAGGAAGUAUCCCAUACAAAUAUUCGUUUCUUCCGAUCCUUUGCACGAUAUUCAGCCUUUGGCGGAUGAUGUUAGAGAGAAUGUCAGGAAUCGGGGAAGUCAUUUUAAAGAGAGUGACUGGACCCAAAUCCUCUUUGACCAGUGCUUUGACAAGUUAGAGGCUCUGCUCCAAUAUCUGCCACUGCUUCCCGAUAAGAAAAAGGAGCUUUUGGAUGAACUUUCUGCAUGGAAAACAGAAGGGUUCAAGCGGAUUGUUGACAAUGACGUCAAAGAUCUACUGGAAAAAUUCCAAAACGUCAAACUUGCUUCAAUUAAUGACAAACUGGACGACAUGCCAACUAGGGAGGAGAACGAAAGAGUGUUAGAAAAGCUGUUUUUCUUUCACACCAGUAUGAUGGACAGAUUAGAUAGAAUGGAAUCCUUUCUUCAAACCUUACUAGAAAGUAAGUCUAAAAACAACGACUUCUUGCAAUCUGUAAAAUCCCAUGUCAGUGCUCUAAAUCAAGAAGGUAGCAAGAGAGUGCACUCUACAGAAUCAAGCGUCUUAUCUACAGAAGCCACUUUCAAAGAAACCCGCCAAAUGAGGGAAAAGGACAAAAACCCAGAAUCGACGUGUAAGCUUCGAGCGAAAAUUGCCAAAUUGUCAAGAAGAACUCUACACAAAGCUGCUAUCAGCGGUCGAUGUGACGCUGUCAAAUUACUUCUUGAAAUUGGUGAAGAUGUGGACCAGACGGAUGAGUUUAAUUUAACGCCUCUUCACCUUGCCGCAUGGUAUGGGCAACGAGCUGUUGUUGAACUCUUGUUACAGCACGGUGCAAAUGUCAAUGCUGUAGAUAGGUUUCAAAAAACAGCGCUACAAAAAGCUGAACGCAACAAUCAUCGAUCCAUUAUUGAGCUGCUUCUGAGGAAUAACGCGAGUCCCACUUACAACCAACCGCCUAGUCUACUGUCCCUUUCAAAAAAAGCGUUUUUCAAUGUAGAUGCACGAUCCGGCUUCAAUCGACUGCAGGCGGCUGUAUUUCAAGGCGACUAUGACACGUUUUGGAACACUUAUAACGUCUGCCCUGGGAAUUUUGUCCAAGAAAUGAAUUUACAAAAAACAGGAAGUCAAGCAAAGGCAUUUCCUGGAAAAACUGCGUUAGAGAUUCUCUUGGCUCUCCAAGAUAAAGGAGAAGAAAAUGUUAAAAUAGAAGAACUGUAUAAAAUGGAAGUUGAGAAGAUCGAUACAUUAACUGAGCUGCACUUGUGUAAAGACAACAAUGAUGUAGAGAAGGCUGUCGAGAUUGUUCUAAACGAGGGUGUAGAUAUAAACAUA